UUUAAUUCCGCAUACUAAGCCAUGUCUUAUUUGAUGUAGGUCAGCUCAUUCUUGCAUCUGAAGAGCAGCGAGCUCGAGUACGGGAUACGCACAAGCGAAACGGUUUUGCAGAAGAUAUCCAUGCUGGACGACGGCGAGCAGCUGGUCGGUCUGAGCCAGACAGAGGAAGCCCUGGGUGCCACCAUGGGCCAGCUUUUGGCUUUGGCGCGGUUUCGGCGGUCAAACUUCAAUGGGUUCUGGCGACAGCUGUCCCGUCUCCAGGCACACUGCCAUUGGCAUCACAUCGAUGUUCUCGAGCGCUUGUCCUCGUCUUCAUUGUUUAGCGAGUCAUUAUUGGAUACCCAGCAGCUGUUCCGCGUGUCGCAACUGUACGCGCAAACCCAGGGUGCUUUCAUAAACGGCGCUGCUGGAAUUGGGUCAUUACCUGUGUUCCCGGGUCUGAAUCAUUGGCGCGGAUGGGUCGAUCCUGCAGUGUCUGCAAAGGUUCGCAGGAUUCUGCGCACAAAACUGUCCGUUGCGAGCGACCCGGAAAUUAAAAUGCAGGACGCAGGCCACAACUCAGACAAUACGGUACAUGUGCGGUCACAACAGGGCAUGGGCCAAAAGCAAGAGCAGGAGCAGGAUCAGAGGCAGCUCGUGCAGCUCAUGCUGCAGUCGCCACCGCAAACACACGUGCCGUCGAACAACAGCAGCGUGUCGCCAGCUGGGUCUUUUUGUUCUGUCCGGUCAGCGAGAGCAGGAUCAGAAAGCUGCGUGCUCACAGUGUAUCUUGAUGGCGAUGCAAUGCCAAAAUAUCAUGCUGGCAUGCCGGCCGAGGCACCGAGCAGGGACUCGCUGUCGCUGUGGUGGCAUGCUGAUAAAGAGCACCGUCCAGCAUUUGAAUCAACAGUACACAUGUGUCAUGAUGUGCACCAUGGCCCGUGGUUCGCUGCCGCCCAUGAGAAGCUGCAGGUUGAUUUGGAGCCCCGUUACGUGCUGCCAUUCUUGCACAGUGAACUCAACCUUAGCAAGCUGCCGCUCAUGGCGCCCAAAUAUUACCAACACAACCCAGAAUUACCAUCAGAUGAUGAGGCCGAGCACGCCGUACAGAGGCGUGAGCAAUUACAGAGGGUCCAGAAAAUGCAAAAACACAUUAUCCUGGAAGACCUCAAGCCCAUCUUGAUGGUCUCAGAGCAGCGCACAGAGUACUGGGAUCUAGAAGACCCCCAUAUUCGCAUCGUACUGCGCACAAAUGUGCGCUUGGCGCACAGUGACGCCGGCACGAGCAUGCAAUGGUUGGAGACGACGCUCGACGCAGCCAAUACUGGCGCGCACACGGAUAUAUUUAGCGAAAAUGUACCGUUUGACAUUAUCGAGGUGCACAUAGACUCGAGCACUGCGCAGCAGAUGCCUGACUGGCUGGCACACCUGUUUUUCGACAGCUCUCUGGUGCACCCCGUUCUGGAUUUUGACAUGUACGUUCAUGGGAUUGCCACGCUGUGCACCGAUAGGACGGAUUAUCUGCCUUACUGGAUGGUUGACUACUGCUGCAAAGCGUAUGUUUGCCGCAUGAGUGUCCAGCCAUUGCAUCCAGUGCAGACAUACCACACUGAAAUAGAGCACUUGCGAGACAUCGAGUCCCAGUACCCUACAGAGACCACGCUGCUGAUUCCCAGCUUGGCACCGCCAACGGCGCGCUGCCAGGGUUGCACUGGUAGCCCGCUGCGGUACUAUUUGACAGUGGCACUCCUAUCGGCCACAGUGUUCAGCGUUGCAGUCUCCAUCUGGCCGUAUCACAGCCAGAUCGUCGUCAUCUUGGAGGAGCUUGCCGACCUGAUUGCACAGUGGGUGUCGCGUCUCUUGAACAUUACAAUUUUUUAGCACGACAUUUAACGGAAUAAAAAAUAAUACCACGUCUUUAAGCAAAAAUAAAAAGCAAG